GUACAAGCUAUGUGGGACUGCCUUGGGGUUUGGGGUUACUAAAACACACACACACACACUCACACACACACACAAUUUCUAAUAGUUGACUCUGACCUCCUCUCACAGACACUUCAUACCUACUUCAUGAAGCAUCUUGCAACACAUUUAUCUCAUUAAAGAUCUUGAACAUGUUUUUGCCAAUAUUUGUGGCAUUUGGACUUCUCCUUAAUUUCACCCAGAGCUUGGAAAAUCAAGCCAUCAUUAUAGACCAUGCUGUAACAGGAGUGUUAGGAGAGGAUGUGCACCUGCAGUGUUUGUACUCUGGCACACAAGAUAUCACUGAUUCCUCCUGGAAGCACCUGGAUUUAAGAAAACAAAGAGCAAAGAUGGUGGCAGGAUUCAAAAGUGGCAAACCAUUCACAAACAAAGACAGCUUCUCCAGUCCAGCAUCAAAAACCAAUCUUACUGUGAAAGUGAAUUUAAACAGCUUAGACCUAGAGGGAGAGUACUCAUGUGUGUUCAGCGCAGAUGAAGACGAAAUAAUGGAUAGACUGUUCCUUAAAAUCCUAGCUCGGCCCAGUGUGAGCACCCAUGCAGAGGAAGAAGUUCUGAAUGGAACUCAUUACCAAAGCAUCUUCUGUUCAGCUUCCGGUGCCAAGCCCAAUGCAAGUCUCCACUGGGAUAUCCGUGGGUCACCACCUAGUGAGGCCAUUUUCUCCAUCCACAACACAAUGUCCGAAUUUCCAAAUGGCACAUUCAGUACUCUCAGCAUGCUACGUUUCCCCAUCCAUAUGAAUAAUGAGAGUCGUGUUGCCUGUGUGAUUCAGCACCCAGCUUUGGCUGAACCUAGCACAACUGUUAUACAGUUACCAACAUUUGUUUCCCCAAAUGUAACUAUGGAAGUGGCCCUGAUCGAAAAAGAAGGAAAAGCCUUCUUUGAGGUCCUCUGCACAGCAAAAGGAGGGAGGCCUCAUCCAUCAAUCACCUGGAUCCAACCUGAAUCUGCAGACACAUCAUGCUCUGCUAAUCUCACAACAUUUGAGUCAGUUUCUAGUUCUCACUGUUUCCCAUUAGAUGGACAUGAGGGUAAAAAUGUCACCUGCAUUUUUGGUUACCAGCAUCUUUCUGCCUUUGAGAGAACUGUUACACUGCCAACAUACUAUCUCAACUCUCUUCAUCUGACAAACAGCAGUAUUAAUGUGAACCAUUUCAACACUUCUGAUUUGUUCAUAUUAGAAGAGGAGGACAGUGACAUCAGAUUCAGGAUGGAAGUGUUGGGAAAUGUUCCAAGAUAUACAAUUAAUUGCUCAAAGGAUGGUAAACCUCUGUCAAAGGAUGUGAAUGUGGUUGUCAGUGAUCUCAUGAUAAAAGGUCCUGUUGGGGCAAUUCAUGCAGGCCAAUACCAGUGCCAAGCCUCCUACUACAGACAUACAGCCUCUUUACAGUUUGAAAUAGAAGUGAAGCCUAGAGUCCAAGUACCAGCUCCCAUCCAUGUGACACUCCUCACCAACACAACUUGGGUGAAUGGGCUUCAGUAUAUAGAAGUGAAAUGCAUGGCAGACAACGUGUCUCCUGGUGCCAAUAUUACUUGGGACACAAGAGACUGCAGAAGUGCCUUUGAGCCUGGAAAUAUUGUGUCUGGAAGUCAGCAGGAGCACAGUGUGGUAUGGAACAUGGCACGGCUCUCGAUUUAUUCUUAUGCAGGAUGCACCGUAAUUUGUAUGGUGCACCAUGGCGGGUUAGAGAAACCGGUACAAAAGAGCAUUCAUAUCCCUUUAAUAGGACCACCCAGAAGUUAUGUGAGAGUUGCUUUACAGAAAGACACCACACACUGGGCUGCUGUGUGUGAAUACGAAAGUGAUGGGUCCAUACCCAACAUCUCCUGGGUCAUUUCUGAUACCAAUACAGCCACACCUUUAACUGUAAAUGCCACAAAAGAGGGCAGUAAAGUGCUAGUUACAAGCAUUUAUAAAUUUGAACUGUGCCAAAAUGAGGGAAAGUUCUUGACAUGUGUGAUCCAUAAUAUGUACGGGGAAGUCAAAAGAGGAACCAUACAUGUCCCAAAUUUCUUUAUCUCGUCUAUCGUGGUUUUGAACAAAACUAUCCCACUGCAUGGGAGCCAUGGGAAACGUGCUGAUGUAUACAGAGUGGCAUUAAAGGAACAUGUUUCCAAUCAGAGGAUACUUUUUAGAGUUAAUGGAAAUGCAUCAGCAUGUGAUAUCAAAUGCUUCAGAUCCAAUGGACUUUCUGCACACACUGUUGGUAUGGCCCUGGUUUUUGCUCAGCAAGUGUCAGAGAGGGAUGCUGGUUUGUACACAUGCAGAGCAUCCUGGUACAAUCACAAUGCCACAAUCACUAUUCUGGUGGAAGUAACCAGCCAGGAAAUGCAGAGCAUGAUACUUAUCCUGAUCAGCUUGUCCUCUGCUGUUGCAAUCACCCUCAUAUUGAUGGUCACACUCUGCAUAUUCUGCAAAAAAAGUGAAGAAAGUCACUCUUCAUCGCAGGACUGGAAGAAGCGUGAAUCUCUGGCUGCCCUGAUGCAGGACCCACGCUCACCAGAACUCAAGAAGGCCAGAGGGCAGGAGUAUGCAGAGCUUGUGCACUACUCCAUAGUGAUUGAUGUGAAAAGUACAGUGUGAGGAGAGGUUUGAGUAUUCUGUAGUCUGAAACAUGAGUAGAUUUUAAAUAGCAGCAUGCUAUUUUGGGGUAAUGGUACUGUAUAUGGAUGAACAUAAAACUAAGCUUUAAAUAGGAUUUAUCAUUACAAUUAUGUCAUUUAGAACUUUAUUUGUAUUGUACUGUCAUCUUAUAUUUUACAAUGAUCAUAUUUUGUCAUGUGUGAUAUAAAAUAACUCAUUAAAAGUCUAUAGUGCUGUCAUUAAGGUAGCCCUCCACCAUUAGUCAUGCAUAUAUGCAUCAUUCAAACAAAAACAUCCACUCAUCUAUUCUUUACAUCUUAUCCUGCUGGGUGUGUGGGGAACCUGGAGCCUAUCCCAGGAGCCUCGGAGCACAAGACAGGGUACACCCUGAACAGGAUGACAGUUAGUGGAAGGGCACAAUUAUACACCACCCAUUCAGACACUACAGACAAUUCAGAGAUGUCAAUCAGCCUACAGUUCAUGUCGUUGGACUGGGGGAGGAAACCCCCAAGGUACAGGGGGAAUGUGCAAACUCCACAAACAUAUGGCAAAGGCGGGAAUCAAACCCCCAACCCUGAAGGCGUGAGGCAAACAUACUAGCCACCGUGCCCCCCUCAAACAAAAUAAAACUGUCCUACUGAAAACAAGCUCCUAACACAUAUUAAGCUGACUUUAACAUACAUUUCCUUCUCAUUCUUUAUUUUUGCAGUAUAUUUAGAUAAUCUCCUCCUGCAGUAUUCAAGUCAAAAAUUCAGCACACUUUGCAUCUACAUUCCAUUUAUACCAGUUAAAUUUGCUUUGAGCAAUCCAGAAAGCUCUCCAGCAGGUAGAAUGCUAGCUAUUCAUGUAAGUGUGGUCUAUAUACAAUGGUUAACCACCAAUGGCAGUGUCUAACACAUUUAAUGCUCCUUUUGAAAUUGUGUGUGUGGGGGGUGGGGACGCUCGGGGAGGUCUGUGUACAUUGCAUUCAUUCGAUUUUUGAUUCUAAAUUGAAAAACAAACAUCCAAUUACGAUGCCUUAUUCAUUUUUUGUAUUUAAUAUUGAAAGAAAAAAAAAAUAAAACGUCAC